GGGUGAAAGCCACAACUUCACCAACGAUGGCUGACCAGAAAGGCUUGUUGAUGCUGGAAAACUUCAUAGCUGGGAAAUUUGUUCCCGCUUCCUCCCAUUUAGACUCCUUUGACCCAUCUACGGGGGAAGUAUAUUGUAGGGUUCCAGACAGCGGCCCAAAAGAGGUAGAAGCGGCGGUACUGGCCGCCAAAGAUGCCUUCCCUGCCUGGUCCUCCAAAAGUCCCCAGGAACGGGCCCAGAUCCUGAACAAGCUGGCCGAUCUUUUAGAACAGUCCCUGGAGGACUUCGCCCAGGCGGAAUCCAGAGACCAAGGAAAAACCAUUACGUUUGCUAGAACAGUGGACAUUCCCCGUGCGGUGUACAACUUUCGAUUCUUUGCAUCGUCAGUCCUCCACCGCACCGCAGAAUGCACCCAGAUGGACUCUCCGAGCUGCAUGCACUACACCGUGCGGACCCCCGUUGGAAUUGCUGGUUUGAUUAGCCCUUGGAAUCUGCCACUGUACCUGCUGACCUGGAAGAUUGCCCCAGCUAUCGCCGUGGGAAACACUGUCAUCGCUAAGCCCAGUGAGAUGACUUCAGUGACGGCAUGGAUGCUGUGCAAACUUUUGAAUAAAGCAGGUGUUCCUGCCGGGGUGGUGAACGUUGUCUUUGGGCGCGGACCCAAAGCAGGAGAGGCGCUGGUGUCCCAUCCGGAGGUGCCCCUGAUCUCGUUCACUGGCAGCACGCUCACGGCCGAGCGCAUCAUGCAGCAGAGUGCCCCAUACUGCAAGAAACUCUCACUGGAACUGGGGGGCAAGAACCCCGCCAUUGUCUUUGAGGAUGCCAACCUGGACGAAUGCAUCGCCACCACUGUCCGGUCCAGCUUCGCUAACCAGGGUGAAAUCUGUCUCUGUACCAGCAGAAUAUUUGUCCAGAGGAGCAUUUACCAGGAUUUCUUGAAGAGAUUUGUAGAUGCUACCAAACAGUGGAAGGUUGGAUCGCCUUCUGACCCAGCUGCCAGCGUGGGAGCUCUGAUAAGUAAAGAGCAUUUGCAGAAAGUGAGGAAUUAUGUCCAGAAGGCUCAGGAUGGAGGGGCUCAGAUUCUGUGCGGUGAAGGAGUGGAUACCUUGAACCUACCCGUCAGAAACCAGAAGGGCUAUUUCAUGCUUCCUACUGUGAUUGCUGACAUUAAGGAUGAAUCCCCUUGCAUGCAGGAAGAGAUAUUUGGCCCUGUAACUUGUGUGGUUGCCUUUGAUACCGAAGAGGAAGUGAUUCAAAGAGCCAACAGCGUUAAGUAUGGCCUGGCGGCUACAGUAUGGUCUAGCCAUGUUGGCCGUGUACACCGGGUGGCUAAAAGACUGCAGUCUGGACUGGUGUGGGCCAAUUGUUGGCUCAUCAGAGAGCUGAACCUUCCUUUUGGAGGCAUGAAAGCCUCAGGUAUUGGCAGAGAAGGAGCGAAGGAUUCUUAUGAGUUCUUCACAGAAGUGAAAACCAUUACCAUAAAGCACUGAUCCUUGCUUCUGGGAAAGCUUGGUGGUAAGCGCCUGAAAAGAGGUAGUGACUAAAUUGCCAUAGGAGAGGAAUCAGGAAGCAGCCAUUGAUUAGAAAGAGUGGGGAGGCGGGAGGGCAGAAGGAAGACAAUGAAAUUCUGGGGCCAUAGCACCUUUGAAAAUCACAUUUAAAAUGAUUGAUCGGAUAUCCUGUCUGAGAGGAAUGUAUGCCCGGUAUUUCUGAUGGCCAGAACAAUCAAGCCCACAUCUAUUGUGUACGAUCAGCAAAUGUCAAAUGAUCCCUCUAGACUGUACAUUGGUUAUGGGCAGGGAAAGUGUCCCCUAAUUCUGUUGUAUUGUUCUCUUCUGA